GUUUAUCCGGUGAUGUUCCAUUGAACCGGGACCAAAUCAACUGGCCACAGCAACUAAAGCUGGGAGUGGGGAAAUGAACGAUCUGUGAAGGUAGUUUUUUUGGGGGAAAACGUACCGUUGGAUUACUUGUUAAAUAAUCAUUAUUCAUCAUGAAGGUGGGCUUUGCACUCGUUCUCCUCUGGUCUCUCCCAAUAACCAAUGUGCUUGCAGAGCUGCCUAAACCUCAGAACCUGACUCUGCUCACCCUGAACACACAGUAUGUACUGACGUGGGACUGGGACCAGACGACCACAGGCAACUCUGUUACCUUCACUGUAGAGUACAUGGCGAAGUACAAGAUGAAGAUGAAGAAGAACUGGAGCCGUGUGUGUGAAAGGACCACACGCACCCGCUGUGACCUCACAGGUUCUGAUCUGCACUACCUGGGCAUGUACGUGCUCCGAGUCCGAGCCAGCGCAGGCGGAGUCAACUCUGACUGGGUCAACAAAGACUUCUGCCCUGAUAAAAAUGCUUCGUUGGGCCCACCGUCCAGGGUGGAGAUGGCUCCUGUGGGGAACCUGCUGGACGUGACCAUCUCUGACCCCAUGACCAGCACCCAGCACUCCAUGAAGGAACACGUCCUCUACCUGUACUACCGCAUCCUGUACUGGAGUCGCUCUGAUGACCCUCAGGGUCUGAAGCCUAAAGUGUUGGACUCUAGCAACAACCUGGUGACGCUGCCUGAGCUGGAGGCCUGGACGUGGUACUGUAUCAUGAUCCAGUCUCGCUACGACUACUACAACAAGACUAGCAGCUACACAGAACCCCAGUGCAUGCAGACGGAGGGUGACACCCCGUACUGGCAGAUCUUCCUGUACUUCCUGGUCUCCAUGAUGGUGUGUUUCCUGCUCGUGUUGCUUCCCUCCUACGCCUUCUUCAGGUUCUACAGAGUCCUCAAAAACACCUUUUACCCCUCUAUCCAGCUGCCUGCACACAUCCAGGAGUACCUCUGUGACUCCUCCCCCGGCUCCGACAUGCCCAGUCUUCUCGCUGCUGUUUCAGAGGCGGAGCUGUGCUGUGGUAAGCUGACCAUCUGUUCUGAGGUGGUGCUACUGGAGAUACACGUCCCUCCUCCCCUCUCAGCGCCCCCCUCAGAGCUGGAGCAGGACAGCGGCAGGCACAUCCGCCAGGACAGUGGAAACUCUGGGAUCUGCUCCACAGAGGGAGGCUCCACCCAGCAGGGUUGUAGUUGUGGGGAUCAGGACAGACCAGGAAGUGGAUUCCUGGCAGAGACUGGCGCAGGCCAGGAUGGAGGAGAUGGGUUUUAUGCCCAGCAGGAGAAUUAGAGGGAGGUGGCACACACGAGAUUCAACCAGGAGACUGGAUCUGGAUCCAAUCAUUGAAGAAAAAAACUGGAAGCAGCCUCGGUGGGAGGGACCAUUCCAAGUACUACUGGUGACUGCCUUCGCGGUGAGAAUAGCCGAAAGAGCUACCUGGGUACAUGUCACACAUUGUAAGGGGGUGAGUCAUACUGGCACUGUCGAUCGGUCACAGGGGAAGGAGAGGAACCGUGACCCAUAUGGAACGGGGGUCAAACUCCUUCUGAAGAUUCCCUAUACCUGACCUUUCCCCAGCUGUGAGCGUUCAUAGAAGUGAAGUGAUGGCUUGGCCUCUGGCUGUUGAUAUGUUCUCGGGGAGAGGGUGGGGCUUCACGUGUGCACUGACCGUCCUGAGCUGUUUUAUUGUGGGGGCCAUAUUCCUGAUUCACCAUGAUCCCCGGAAAGUGCCAAAGAGGAUAAUUUGACUCAUGUGCUAGAUGAGGGAAAUGGGAUGUUACCUAAGAUUCUCUGAAGGUCACUGAAACAAAAUAGUAAGGAAGUGAGGGUGGAAUUGGGCAAGGAUCUCUCAGUAGAAUUUUGUGUAGAUCAAUUGGGGUCAUUCACCCCUUGGCAGUCUAGAACCAUGGGACUCUAUGGGAAGUAUUUGUGUAAAUCACCGUGUAAGUCGUGGAGCCAGGUCAUAGCUCACACUGAAAGGGAUGGCUAUGUAAACCCAUACACUCAAUUUGGGACCAGGUAAAGUAUAGUAAGGGAAUGGCAUGUAUGGUAAAGCUGUUCAUGAAAGCAGGAAUGCCAAGUAAUGAUAGCUGUAUUGAUUUACACUAUUUAUAUCCCCAGGUUCCAUUUAAAUCAAGACUUCCUCCCUUUAUCGUGACGAGAGGAGAAUAUUACUGUUUUGACAGAUACAGUACACACGGGAAAUACGUGGGGGAAGUUGGUACCUGCAAUAAGACAGAGAAUAUUACCACUGACGAGACCAUGUCUGAUUUGACAGGCUGGUUGAACUCUGGAGAUUUCAAAAUGUUGAAGGUGGCCAGGGCUGACAUCUGGUGGUUGUGCGGGGGAAUUAAUUUGUGGUCGGUAUUACCGACUGAUUGGACUGGGCUAUGCGCUCUAGUACAUUUAGGAAUGCCUUUUACACUCAUACAACACCAAGACGUGAAGUUAGCCAAAACGAGAGAGAUGCUCCAUCUGGGUCUUUUGACGACAGUAUAUAUUGAUAACAUUGGGAUUCCACGAGGUGUGUAAUUAUAGUUAUGGUAAUCAACAGCGCUUUAGCAGGAAUACCAAAGGUGUUGUUAAAGGUUUUGUAGAACAGACUGAAGCAACCAGCUGGAAGACCUGACAGAAUAGAAUUGCAUUAGAUAAAAGGAGGAAGUGGGCGUGAUAAUCAGGACCAUGUCUUACAUCCCAGGUAGCACGGCUCCGGACGAAUCAGUGCCCGAAGUCUCAGCUGGUUUGACCACCCUGGCUCACGGGUUGGCAGAAACUCUGGGGUGGAUACUUCUCUGAACUAAAUUGGGUAGACAGUAUUUAUGGAAAAAUGUGGUGUUUUGGGCUGUAUCAACCUGUAUGACUGUAUUAAUUUUAUGCGGCUGUUGUCUAAUUCCCUGUGUGCGAGGCCUUGUUUCCAGGACUCUGGAAAGAUCAAUGACCCAACGGAUGGUGCGUUAUGGGCCGAUUCCAGAUUCUGACCUGUGUAGGACUGGAGGCAUGUCUACAGAGGAAGUGGACGAAUCCGGAUCUGUCAUUUGUGGGGAAUUUAUGUUUGAUGAGAAUAGUGUUGACAUGAAGGGGAAUUAGAUUGUAAUUUGUUUCAAUGAUUAAACUGUUUUUUUGAUGAAGAUUGUAAAAAGAAAAACAAAAAAGAAUCCUGGAAGGAAGAGUUAUGAUUCUGAUGUA